AGCAUUUAUACAGCUGUUUACUUCAUCUUAUUUUUCUUCAUUUUCCAAACAAAUUAAGGGAAUUGUGAAAAUUUUGAAAACAUGGCACAAAUAACAUUUAUCGACAAUCUUUUAAAGGAGUAUUUGGUAUUUCGUGGUUUCUCCUCCACAUUAAAAACACUUGACCAAGAACAAAGAACUGAAAAAGAUCAAAGCUUCCGUUCUGAAAAAUUGUUGGAGAGUUUUAAUCAGUGUAUACAAAAUCAUGAUUUAACUGCAUUACGUUCGCUUUGGACUCACUUAGAUAGUAAUCUCUUCAGCAAACUGGAACACACUUAUGCUACAGCUGUAAAAAAAUUGGAAAAUAGUCUGUUGAAGCUUUACCUGGUGACUGCGUAUUCAAACAAUCGUUUGGACAAAGUCACUGAAUUCUUUGCAAAACUCGCAGCAGAACUGCAAAAGCAAAGCGAAUGGAAGGACUGGUUUUAUUUCCCAUUUUGUAAAAACGCAGAGGAAUCACCGACUUUUGCUUUGUACUUUUCAAAACAAUGGCAAGAUACAUUACAGUUAUCCUUGCGUAACUUUCUUACAACAAUAUAUCAAUGUCUACCACAACCAACAUUCGUGCGUGCAGAGUAUGAGGCCGCCCACAUAAGACGUCUUCAAGAAGAGAAUGCUUUGCUGAAAACUCGUUUACAACAAGUGCAACAACAGUUAUCGACAUCAAAUAGUACACAAAAUCUUAAUACUGCCGGCAGUGAUUCGAGCGGCGUGCGUCGUCGUACAUCAUAUAGACCUCAACAAAGUCUUAGUGACAUUUUGCCAUUUGAUGUAAGUCCCCCCGGGCAUGUAGUAGACGAUUUCUCGGUAAUCUCGUCCGAAGUAAAUAAUGUGGCGCAAGCGAGUGACGCACAGGCACGUGGAUUGCGUUUGUUAAUACGUAAUAUUGGAUCGGGUGGGUCGCCAGACACAGGCGGUCGUAAAGACGCCAGCAGUGGCGGAACUAAUGACAAGGCCAACAAACGCCGUUCGGGUAGUGUAGGGCGUAAUUGGAUUUGAAGAUAUUUUACAUAGAGGAAUAAGAAAUAUUUUAAUUAUAGUAUUAACACUUACAUAUGCUCACUAAAGUACUUCAUAAAUAUUCAUUAUCGAUAAUUCACAAGCAUUCGAUAGAAAUAAAGACAUACAAAUAUUCCAUUGUUACACAAAA